AUGGAAAAGGAAGAAGGGCUGCCCAACGCAGAGGUUGUUUAUCAGGCAUUACCUUCAGAGGAGGAGAUGGAGGAAGCUUCGAGGAGAGCUCUGACCGUUUCGAAUUCUAAGGAAAUUGUUCAAACAGAGUCCUAUGAGGGAUCCAUCAGGGUUGCUUUGGAGGAAGCAGUGGUGGAGAAGAAACUUGAAAUGGCUGCGGAGAAGAAGAAGAAGAAGAUCAAGGAGAAGAGGGCUGAAGGAGAUGAGGAAGCCCAUUCAAUCAAGAAGAAAGAAAGAAAAACGAGUGAAAUGAAGGAACGCAUGCGGGAGGAGAUGUGCCUGAAGAAGAAAGAAGAGAAGAGAAAGAGGGCUACGAGCCCAGAAAUUGACAGAGAAUUCACCUCCAUAAGGGUGGGUAAGGGGGAGUCAGCGCAACAAAAAGAAUCAAUGCAACCUGAAGAGGAAACAACACAAAUAAGAACGGUUGCGAUUGAUGAUGGAGAAAAUGCAGACAUCACCCCCUUAGGCAGCAUCGCAAGGAGGAAUUAA